AUGCUCCCUCAUCAACAGCGCAAGCUCAGCUACUGUGGCUACGAUCGGAAGGCGCCGGAUCGAUG